AUGGGGCUGUCCAAGCUCUUCCGGCGCGAUGGCCCGACGGAUGGCUUUGUGCGCACUGCGGACGAGCAGGCCCUGGUCCGGCGUCUGGAUACCUUCCUCCUGACAUUCGGCUGUCUUUCGCAAGUGAUCAAAUACCUCGAUCAGCAAAACAUCAAUAAUGCGUACGUCUCGGGUAUGCAGGAAGAUCUAAAUCUACAUGGCAAUGAAUUGAAUCUGUAUGGAAACAAAACUCCCCAACCCCAACUCGGCGAGAUUGCAACGCCGGCUAACGGCAUAUACCCUAGGUUUACAACUUACUUCAAUGCUGCAUACUGUGUUAUGCUUAUUCCCUCACAAAUCAUUCUGACCUACAUUCGGCCGAGCAUUUGGCUCCCUGGCCUGGAGAUUGUGUGGGGUGUCUUGACCGGCUUGAUUGCGAUGGCGUCGCAUGCGAGGCAGAUCUAUGUCCUGCGGGUCUUCUUGGGCCUUUGUGAAAGCAGUGCGUGGCCGGGAAUGAUGACUUUACUCAUGUACUGGUACACCCCGACCGAACUGGCAAAACGCAUGGGUUUCUACCAUUCUUGUCAAGCAGUCGGUCAAAUGAUGUCUGGGGCAUUGCAGGCCGCAAUUUCCGACACACUCGACGGCCACGGAGGGCUGGCCGGAUGGCGAUGGCUUUUUGUCAUCAAUGCGAUCAUCACCGUCGUUUGGGGAUUCGCCGGAUUCUUCAUGAUCCCCGACCUUCCCAACAGACCCAAUCCCCGCGCAUUCUGGUUCCACAAGGUACAUGCGGAGCUUGCAAUGGAGCGACUGGCUCGCAACGGCCGUGCUGAGCCAAAGAGGAUGACAUGGGCCGGUGUGAAGCGCACCUUCUCUGGCUGGGUGGUUUAUUUCAUCGCGAUUCUCUACAUUUCCACCGUCCUGGGUACAUACGGCUAUGUCUAUUUCUCGCUCUUCCUCAAGUCCCUGAAGAACCCCGACGGGACACCGAGAUGGACGGUGUCCGAAGUGAAUGCCAUUCCGAUCGGAGGCUCCGCCAUCAACGUGGUUUUCGUGUGGAUCUGGGCUUUGCUGUCUGAUUUCUUGCAAACGAGAUGGACUCUCAUCGUCUUCCAGGGUAUCAUUGGCAUUAUUCCGUGUAUCAUUAUGAGCAUCUGGACUUCGCACCCGACCGCAGUCCCGAUCUCGGGCGCGUAUGCGUCAUACUUUAUAGCUUACAUCUGCCUUGGCACAGCCCCCCUCAUCUUUGCUUGGCUGGCAGAUCUGAUCCCUCAAGAUCCCGAAGCACGUUCACUGGUUGUGGGUGUCUCGGUUGCUGGUUACUAUGCUAUCUCGGCGUGGUCGCAGGUGCUGGUAUGGCCGGCAUCACAAGCGCCCUUUUACAAGUACGGUUGGCAGUCCGCGCUCGCGUUGUUGGUCUUGGUCAUUAUCAUGACAUGCACGCUGCGCUGGAUUGAUGUGAGAUAUCUUCUUCGCAAGCGUGAGGCCUUCCAGGCAACCAUAGAAGGUGAGGCGGUUGGAAGGAAAGAUAGUGUAUCCCCUCUAGCUGAUCGCGACCACGCCCAAGGGCCAAGUUCGGAUCCCGAUCGGAAAUCUCCCCACAGGGCGAUUGUGGAUGAGAUUUGA